AUGGAGCUGCUAUUCAGGGACGUGACGCUGAGUCUGAGCCAGCAGACGAUUCUGAACGGAGUGAGUGGAUUCUGUCGACCGGGUGAGAUGCUGGCCAUCAUGGGACCGACCGGAUCCGGUAAGACGUCAUUGCUAAACGUUCUUGCUGGAAGGAUAUCGCAGAUCGAACGCGGAAGUAUCUUCCUUGACGGCCACGUGUUGAAUAAGACGCUCAAGCGGAAGAUCGUCUACAUUCUCCAGCAGGAUAUUUUCUUCACGAAUCUCACCUUACGACAAACGCUCACGUUUAUGGCCUUACUCCGACUUCCUGACACGAUGAGAUACGAGGAGAAAAUUCGCAGAGUCGACGAAAUAGUGGCGACUCUAGACCUUCGCAAGUGCCUCGAUGUUCGUAUUGGAGAUCAACUCACAGGCGGCCUGUCUGGUGGAGAGAAGAAGAUAGCAAACAUCGCCACCGAGCUUUUGUCGAAUCCCGAACUCAUGUAUAUUGAC